AUGGCGGAUCAGAAGAGAGGAAGCAUCACUUUUGCUCUUUUAUAUAGAGGAAGUUUGAGGGAUUUGAAAGCAGCAAUAGAGAAUGAAAUCUCCGGAAAGAUAAUUGUGUUCCAGGAAUUGGGAAACGAGGAAUAUCUAGUGGAGUGCAAGAUGAAAGAAGAUGCUGAAACUCUCAUCGAGCAAGACUUCAACUACAAAGACAUACAUGUUGGCCUCCAUCCACCACAAGGUAAAAUUGUAAAUAUCAGCAUUAUGAAUCUACGAUCUUACAUUGAUGAUGAAGGUGUGAAAGAAGCUUUAAGUGGAUAUGGGGAACUUAAGAGUGAAAUGAUCUGA